AUGACUGACCGCCUUGACCACAACAACCUUGACAUCAGCGAGGAUGAUGUUUUGACAAAAAUAUGCGAAACUAUUUCAGACGGUUACAAAGAUCCAAUGCAUGAAGGCCAAGAUCAAGUGUUAGUGGCUUUUGAUAAAGAUGCACAUAAAUUUCCUAUUCUUCCUGAUAAUGUCCUAACUCAGUAUCUUGAUGAAACAUCCAGGAGAAAAGUGUAUUCAAACUGGCUCAUCUUCAGACAAAAUGGCAACCACCUCACUAUCACCCACUUUGGUGCUUUUGGGAGCGAGAAAGAUCAAGAUUUUAUAGAUACACAGGAAGAGACAAUGCGGGCUCUUGCCAUUUAUAAACAACUGUUGGAAGAUCUGAAGUCCCCAAUCAACAAAAUGUCUGAGGAAGACCAAGCACUUAUGGAAGAGCACAUAUUGGCAGAAGUAAAAGCCAAUUAUUUUGGAAUUGUGCAGAAUAAUGAGUCACAGAUUCAAACUUACAAGAAGGAAUUGGAACAGCUGAUUUAUGAAGUCUAUGAUGAAGAAGAGGAUAAAACAGUUGCUCGAAACCUGAUAGCAAAGUUAUCAGCUUCAACAGGAAAAGUACUGAUUAAAACCAUGGCAAAAGUCAUCACAGAAGAAUUAGCAGAAAAAGCAGCUAAAAAAGUAGCUGCGAAGCUGGCAGCAAAGGCAGCAGCAAAAAUUGCGGCAAUGUCUGGAUUGAAGGGCGGGGCAGCCAAGGGGAGCAGCAAGGUUGCAGCAAAGGCGGUGCCCUUUGUGGGAGCAGCUAUCGGUGUUGGAUUUGGACUCUGGAGGCUUUCUCAAGGAGACGUGUUAGGAGCAGGCCUGGAAAUUGCUUCUGGGGCAGCAUCGUGUGUACCAGGGGCAGGUACUGCUGUGUCUUUAGCUAUUGAUGGCACACUUGUAGGGAAGGACAUGAAGGAAGCAUUGGAAGCAGAAACUAAACGGGAACGAAAUGUUCAG